UCUCCCCUCCCUAUCAGCCUUUUGCUGCGGUUCACAGAUGAUACGUUUGACCCGGAACUUGCAGCAACAAUUGGUGUGGACUUCAAGGUGAAAACUAUUUCGGUUGAUGGAAAUAAAGCUAAGCUGGCAAUAUGGGAUAUGCAGAAAAAGCGGUUCAGAACAUUAACACCCAGUUACUAUAGAGGUGCACAGGGUGUUAUUCUAGUUUAUGAUGUCACAAGAAGAGAUACCUUUGUCAAGCUGGAUAACUGGUUAAAUGAAUUGGAAACUUACUGCACAAGGAAUGACAUAGUUAAAAUGCUAGUUGGAAACAAGAUUGAUAAGGAAAACCGUGAAGUUGACAGAAAUGAAGGUCUCAAAUUUGCAAGAAAACAUUCCAUGUUAUUCAUAGAGGCAAGUGCAAAAACAUGUGAUGGUGUACAGUGUGCCUUUGAAGAACUUGUUGAAAAAAUCAUUCAGACUCCUGGACUGUGGGAGAGUGAGAGCCAAAACAGAGGUGUAAAGUUAACAAACAAGGAAGAACGAUAUGGAGGAGGAGCAUGUAGUGGAUACUGCCUUGUGUUAUAAACUUUGGGAAGCUUUUUCUUUGCAUAUUUAAACAGAUAGUGACAUCUUUCUGUAAAUAAAUUCAUUAAAUGCUAUUUUUAGGGACCUUGCAGUUUGCACAUAUUUGUUUUGUAUCAUGGUAGUGAACACUUCUGGAAAAAAUGUUUUGCAGCUUUUCCAGGUUGAAAACACUAUGGUAAGCAUGCCCAAUUUGCAAUCUUCAGGUUUUUAUAAGUAGCAUAAAUAAUGUGCAAGAACAAAUGCACCCAGAUUUUUUUGCUCAUAUAUGAUCAUUGUGUAACUACUCUAAACAGAUUCAUUUAACACAUAGACAUUACUGCGUUGUCUGCUUUUUGUCUCAUUUUUAAGUACUCUUGAAAUUAUAGAACAAGAUAGUAUGCACAAAUUCCCAAAAGGAUGCGAGCUAUAAAUACUACAUUUCAUCUCUUCUAGUAAAUGCUUUUUUAUGGUAUUAAAAAUUUAAAACAGCAUGAUUAUACAAUUCUCUAGACAAAUCUGCUAAAUUUUUCUUUCAGCAGAGCUGUCUAAAAUAUGAACUGGCACAGGCCAUAGUUUCAGCACCUUUUUGAAGAGAUGCUUUGAAAGUUUCCUUUGCAAAGCUGGAGAAUGCCUUUUUUUUUUUCCUUUUUAAUCAUUGCUUCAGUUGACUGCUUAACUGGAGUUUUAAUCCUCUGAUAUUUAUAUACUACAUUCAUGAUACUCUUGCACACUGGGUUUUUAUGAUGCAGUCUUCUCUAGACCUGC